CACAUAAACGCACCAAUCCUCUGUAGCGUCCGUCCCUCUCCGCGGUACCCGGAUGAAGUUGAACACACAGAGCAUCCUCCGCUGCGAGACAUCCCGUCGAUAAACAGCGGUACCAAUGGGGCGCAGGAAGUCGAAGAGAAAGCCGCCUCCGAAGAAGAAAAUGACGGGUAACCUGGACGUCCAGUUCACGUGCCCGUUCUGCAACCACGAGAAAUCCUGCGACGUCAAAAUGGAACGAACCAGGAACACAGGAAUCAUCUCGUGCAGCGUCUGCCUGGAGGAGUUCCAGACGCCCAUCACCUGUAUCCUUACCCCAGGAGAGGGG